CGGCCGGAUUAUAAAAGUGGAGCCCAUCCGUGGCUGCCAUCAUGGAGUCCAGUCGUUCCUUUGAUUCCAGCCCCCGUGCAAAGCCCUCGAUUGAUGAAGUAGUACUCAAGUCCCGCAUUGAGCAGCGCCUCUCCGACAAGUGCAUGGAACUCGUUCCCUUCGAGCAAUGUACGUGCCUAGCUGUUUCCGAGGAUGUUUUCAAUUUUCACCUUGAGGUUCUGGGAAGGUGGGCAUCAUAUGACUUAUACUGCUCACAUGGAAAAACGACAACAAGCACUAUUUAUUCGAGUUCAAUGGUCCAUUCUGAAACAUGCCGGUUGCGGACUGGCCUUCCCAUCGGCUAUGCGCUCUGAAGUCUCCACCAUGCGUUUUCUGAAAUCCAGGACAAAAAUCCCGGUCCCUGAAAUUUUAUUUCACGACCUAGACAUUGAUGGGAACGUCGGUGGUGAAUGGAUGAUCAUGGAAUAUGUCGAUGGCGAGAACCUUUCUACAAUGUGGAGGUCCCUCGAUGCGAAACAACGCGAACAGGUUUGCUUGGCUAUGGCGGAUAUGUGGGUGCAGAUAAUCAGCAUCACUUUUAAUUCUAUUGGAAGCAUAUACGAGAGAAAUGGAGGGGAAUUCAUGAUCGGGCCCAUGACGCGCCUAGCUUCGAACCGGAGCACCUCCAUCGCCCCGCCACGGCUUGAUAAAUGCGGUCCAUUCUCAACUGUGAAGGGCUGGUUACUGGCUACUGCACGACGCGACAUGGAUUAUGAAGAUGCGCCCGAAGACGCUGAUGUGUCUUCCCGACGUCAGCAUUUCAUCGACGAUGUCGUUUCAAAAAUCCAGCAUUUUCCCUUUCCUUACCCAGAUUUGCCUCUCGUCCUCGAGCACAUAGAUUUUGCACCGCGGAACAUUCUGGUGAGUCGGAUGGACCCGACGAAGAUAGUGGCGGUCAUUGACUGGGAAGGAUCGCGCUCCGUGCCAAUGUGGGCUGCGAAUCCAAAUUUUACAUUCCCGCCAGAAUCGGUGAUGGAGGAAGAGAGGAAGCGCUUGCUCACGUUAUUGACGAACCGUAUAAUCUCCCAGGUUCCUGAGUGGGAGAGGGCUAUAGGCCAGGAACUGCAGCCUCUGCGAAUAUUACAUGACCGCGCAACGUAUAGCAAAGUCGAUCCUAGUGUAUUGCCUCAUGCCCCGUAUCUAGCAAUGUCAGCUUCAUAUUGAGAAGCUAUACAACACAUCUGGAAUUUGUAUCUCAACUGACACCGGGAAUGGAGAUUUCAGAAGGAAGAUCGAAUCCACUGGUCAAAUAAAUGAUGUCGGUGUCGCCUCAACCUUCCAGUGCAUUGUCUCCAUACCAUGCUCUUGAGGCUAUGUCGCUGUCGAUAAUCAUGGCGGAUUGAAAAUUUCUAUCAGCUCCAGUAUCAUACGUUCAAGGGUUAGCACGUAUGAUCAUUGCUCAAAACAACAUCCACAUUUCCUGUUGCCUUCUAUAUCAUGAUAUCGAGAGCUUAAUCCUCACAUAGGAUUGCCAUUGUCGCAACGAAUCCUGCACCUUUAAUCCUUUAUGUCAAAAUAUUCGCCCACGACGACCUCAAAUAGACUUACAAUCCAUAGAGAGGCUCGUAAAAGCAACAAACGAGGCCAACAGCACCUGAAUAUCGUACAAGC